AUGUCGAGCUUUUUCACUGCAGACCCAGCCGAUCCUCCAAAUCCUCGAGAUGUCGUAGGCACCUAUCGUCAAAUCUUCGAAAAUCGCGUGUUAGAAGGAACGCUUCGGCCUAUGGUGGUACCAUAUAAUCUCUACGGUUUUAUACUACUGGGAAUUUAUCUCUGUGUGCGGCAUACAAAUCGACCAUUAUUAUACAAGGCGCGGUGGAUUGUGCUGGCUGCUAUAACAUGGUUUCAGCUCAAAACACUAUGGCACACCAGCAGCACGAACAUGGCAAUCAGUUUCGUGGCAGGCUUGAUGAGUGUUUAUGGUAUUGUUACAAGUUUGACCUGGUUGUUAUUUAUGCGGCCACAGUUUGAUGCUAAGAGGAUUGAGAGAAGGAAGAUUCAGGAAAACAAAAUCAUCGCAAAGGAUAACAAGCAGAGAACUACAGCACAUGGAGAGGGCAUGAAGUUACAUGUAAGGCAGCGCAAUAGAGUAGAUGGAGAAGAAAACAAACUUUCCUCUGGCUCAAAGGCACCAAACGGCAAAGAUAUAGGGGCGCUUCAUGGUCAGCCGGCGGCAAAUGAGACAACGGAAUCUCAGUACUAUUGGCAAUCAUACCCAGAUGACAUUUGGGAGAGAUUGGACUGGAUAUCCGACUUAAUUAUCAAUUUUCGUGGACCUGGUUGGAGCUGGGCAAUUCCCAAUAUACCAAAGCCUCUCCCAUCCGUCUACAACAAAUUAGGAGAACCUGCAGAUGAAGCAGCGAAACAUGAUAUAUCUAGAACAGGAAUCCAGCGCUUUAACACAAGAAAUGAACUCUUCAGGGCUCAAGUUCCCCGCUUCAUUAUUGGAUAUUUCUUACUUGACGUCGUCAAAACUAUCAUGAUGAAUGAUGCAUAUUUUUGGCUUGGUCCCAACAAUUAUGCUAUGCCUCCACAUGUUGCAGUAAUGCCUCCAAUCCUACGCUCUCUAUAUCGUGAGCUUUUAUCAAUGGCUGGGGUACUCAUUUCUUUAGACAUGGUAUUUCUUUUGGCCCCUAUAGUAGGAUGUAUACUUCUCGGCCCAUCCUCAUUCAUGGGUCUCAGGGGUGAAGCAUGGUACUACCCCACCACAUGGGGUUCUUUUUCGGUCAUUGCAAAUAAAGGCCUUGCCGGGCUGUGGGGAGGUGCUUGGCAUCAAAUAUUCCGUCUCAUAUUCUCCUCACCAACAAACUAUUUGAUCACAAAUGGAUAUUUAGAUGCCAAGUCCUCAACUACAAAGCUCAUCGCUUCGGUCUUUGCCUUUGGUAUAUCUGGAAUCUUGCAUGCUGGCGGUAGUAUAUCUCAAAUUCCUGAAACAAGACCAUGGAAUCCACCUAAAUUUUUCAUGCUGCAAGCUGUUGGGAUUUUUCUGCAAACUGGCAUUUGUGCCGUCUUGUCUCAGUACAUCAAGAAUACCCCGAAGCCAAUGAGGCAAGCAAUGAAUGUAAUCUAUGCAUUAUCAUGGGGUCUACUGACUGGAUGGUUUAUAGCGGAUGACUUUGCUCGGGGUGGGAUUUGGCUUUAUGAACCCAUUCCCAUUUCAUUACUUAGAGGUUUAGGAUUUGCUGGUAAAGAUCAUGGGUGGUGGUGUUGGGAGCAUGUAGGACUUGGAUGGUAUACUGGAAAGCAUUGGUGGGAGAGUGGUAUUUCAAUAUGA